AGCAGUUGUAGUAGUAGCUCUGAACUAUUUCAUAUAGAUUCGACUUUAGUCAUGGCAAAUAUGUUGCUUUGUCCUCGCCAUUGCAAAACUACAAUUGCGCUGAAACUCUUCACCAUUUACAACAGAGAGAAAGAAAGAAACCGCCUGAAAAUUAGUAUAAAUCGGCCAUGUGAACGAGUUGCUGAUGCUAUGGGGAUGACUCCGAACGCUGUCCGAGUGUUGGUGAACCGUGGAAAGAAUCCUCAUCCACCUGAAACACCACCUGCAUCAUCAAAUACGUCGCCUCUGGUCUUUGACAACUUCACCGUUGGUUCCAUUAGGAGACAUGUGCACAGCAUGUUUGCUGCUAAGCGAUUUUUCACUAUUGCCACUUUAGCGGAAGAACUUAAAAUGCUAAAUAUCAUUCCUGAAGAAACAUCUGAGAAGGCAGUAUGGCGAAUCCUCCAUACCAUGGGUUUCCAGUACAAAACAUCCCAGCGGAAAAUGUACCUAAGGAAAGAAACUUUGGACGUCGUUUGCCGCCGAGUUGAUGCUCUACGAUCCCUCCAGCAACAUCGUGAUGAAGGAAGAGAAGUAGUGUAUGUCGAUGAGACGUGGUUUACGACGAGAAUGCAACAUAGCAAGGAGUGGGUGGACACCUCUCAAUCUGUCACCAGUGCCACCUACAGCCGGCAGGUGCCACCAGGAGAAGGAGAGAGGUUUGUGGUGGUAGCAGGUGGUACAGCUAAAGGUUUUGUAGAAAAUUCAUUUUUAUGCUUCCCUGCGAAAAAUAAAACCGGCGACUACCAUGGAGAAAUGAAUUCAGAGAUAUUUAUUCGGUGGCUAACAUCACAGCUCCUGCCGUCGCUUGAGGAUCCUUCGGUGCUGGUGCUAGACAACGCCCCAUACCAUAACCAAUUGACAGGAGAUAGCCGAUGCCCAACAACAGCUCAUGUCUCGAAAAAUACAGUAUCCAGCUCACGCAACACGCCCUGA